AUGGAUCACGGAUUCUGCGGUAGAUGCUCCGAGACAUACGGAAGACGAGCAAGGAUUGAAAAAUCUCGAGACAGAAUUUUCGUCAAGUACCUAUUAUUCAAUACGGUCAUAUUGCACAAUUGCGAGCUUUAUGAUCUGCCAGCAGAUAACUGCAAACGAAAUUAUGAAGAUAAAUUGAAAGAGAUUCAGCAUAAUUUGAGGUCCUUGGACGAAAGCUUGCGCGAAUCACGUGCCUUGGAAACCGAGCAUACCUUGAGAUACUCUCAGACCAAAGUCAAGAACAUAAGCCUACAGGUCGAUUUAGACAAAGCGAAGAAACGGAAUAAAAAUAUGUUAAGUAAGUUCAUUCUUUACAAUGGCAUUAUCAUCAUUAAUAUUUGAACUGACUCAACUUGUCUCGAAAGAUCUUUUUCGUCAGAAUGCCGCAGAAAUAGGUUUCGGUCGCGUGAAAACUUCCAUCAACACAUUACCGGAAUCGUUGCGAAAAGAUGUCCAGCGUAUCUGGAGUCGGAAGUACAUUUUUUCAAAAAGUGUUUCACCCAAAACUGUUGGCAAAAACGCUAUGAUUUUUGAUAUUUCACAGAUACGACGCUUUACUCGAACAAAAUAACAGGCUGAAAAAGGACGUCGCCAGUAAGGAAUGCAUCCUAAAAGCCAAAGAUAGGGAGGUAACUGGUAUUCGUAAAUAUAGAAUCAAAAACUGAAAAUUUAUUUGGUUGAUCUUCUAGAUCGAAGAUCUUCAGCAAAGGCUACUUGACUUGGCGGAGAAGUUGAUCCAACGAGAGACAACGAUUGAAAAUAUAUGUACAAAAUUUCUAUCCUUGAAACAGCGAAAAGAUGAACAGGAGAUUCGAUUUAGAAGUUCUGUUGAAACAUUGCAGGUUUACAAAUUGCUUUUGUAUG